CCUUGCGCUCAUGUUGUCGCCCAUAAAAUAUGGCGUCGAAGGAAGUCUGUUAUUGUCCGAAAGAAAGUGGCAACAUACGGAUAUGCAAAGAACCACGCAUGUAGUCAAAGAAUCACACCAGAGAGACGGGGUGACAGUGGUUAUGAACAGCAAUGUUGAGAUCUACGGGAUUCUUCCGUGGGAUCGACUGCCCGUUUUAUUGUCAGACUAAUAAAGGAAAAACCGGUGCGGAUGGGUGCGCUAGACCUUACUGUCACUUCAGACACGGCAAACAAAGACGAGCCUCCUCUGGGAUAUAUGACAUCGGAAAGACUAAAGCGCUUUCUGCUAAUCCUACCGAUCAAGGUUAUGAUCCAUUCAGUCCCGAGGUUGUAAGACCAGGAGAGCAUUAUAAUGGAGAGCCACCAUCAAGCCGGUCGUCGGGCCCGGAUGGGGAUCUGGGUACCAUGGAGCUUGAGUUGGUCAAUAAGGCCAUUGAGGCUGUUCGCAGUGAGAUGGAGAAGGACAAGAAGAAGCUGUCUCAGAUUGAAGUUCAGGAAUAUGAGCCCACCACCAGCUCAUGUAAGAGACAAAGGCCUGCUGCUGCGUCAUCCCAUCAGGGCUACGAUCCUGGGAGCUACCACUUGGGCCAAGCUAGCGAAUACAACCCGACCCCACGCUCCAGCAAAUACACCCUGGACUCUGAGAACAGCAGGAACGUUGGGAAUGCAAUGGAGUACGUGCCAACUGUUGUCUCAAAAAGGAGUGUUAAAAAGACAUUGCCUCCAUCCACAUCUCAUGUCCUGCCAACCCCAGUGGCUAAAUCCGGCUCCUUACCUGUCAAAAGCAAAUACACGCUUGAUAGUUCCAAACCUUCCACGGACAUGGAGUACGACCCUCUGUCAAACUACUCGGCAAAGCUGCGUAUUAAAGAACAGAAGAUGUUGUGUUCAAAUAGAGAGGCACGAAAGAGAUUGUACCUGGCUGCAAAUCAUGAAAAGGACGAGGAAUACGUUCCAACAGCAAAGAAACCGAAGUCAUCUUCACUUAACGUCUCGAAAUACACCGCUAGUUUCUCAGAAUCCGACGAGGAGAGUUCAGGGACAGAGUAUCGUCCGACGUCCCUGAGCCGACUGCAGCGCAAGGGGAUCAACACAGUCUUAAAACAAGAAAGAGCAUCAGGCGCACUGGGACAACAAAGAAAGCAUAAAGAUGGUUCUUCGCCAAGCGAAUAUGAUGACUUGGAGUCCCUUAAUGUGAACAUAAAGCCGGUAGAGAAGAAGACGGCAGGGAAAAUCAGUCAAUCAAAAAGUAAUAAAUCCGAAAAAACUAAAAAAAAGGAUGAGAAAGACCUGGGGAAGAAGAGCAGCGGUCAAAAAGAAAAACUAGAAAGUUCCAGUGGAGACAAAACAUUAAAGAGUGUAGAUAAGGAGAGUGUGAAAAAAGUCCAAAAUAAACACGUGGAGGGGAGCACUAAAUCUAAAGACAGGUCUUCAGAGAAGCUCCGAAAAGAAGCCGUGGAUGAAAAGAACAGCAAAGAGAAAAACAAGAAGUUGACAAAACUAAAAAGUGAACACAAGGACAAAGACAGGGGAAGUACAGACACCAAAAAGGGCAAAAUGGACAAACCUGUGAAAACAGACAAGGAAUUGUCCAAAUUUAAAGACCCGAAGAACGGAAGACACGAGACCAGCGGCAGAGAGAAGGGCAAGAAGAAAAGCAGCAGUAGCGUCAGCAGCAGCAGUAAAGAGAAAAUUAAAAAGAGCAGCUCGGGUCAAAAAGCGACAGUAGAAACUACACAGGGGAGCUUGAGUCACGCAGAUCUGUUUGGUGCUGAGAGUGCUGAAGAGGACGACGAGAGGAUAGUAAGGAAGUUGGCUUCUGCUUUUAAAGUGGGAAGCCUUGUGAAUAAUAAAAGGAAAGCCUCUGAAGUUGCAUCAUCGACGGAGGAUGAUUUUGAAGAUGAUUAUGAUGGGGGCGAUGAUGAUGAGGUGGACUACUCCAGCCUGCAGGCAGAGAUGGAGUACGACUCUGACCCAAUGGAAGAGUGUCUGCGGAUAUUUAAUGAAUCUAAAGAGGUGAAGACGGAAGAUAAAGGGAGACAAGCCAAGCAGCCUCCAAAUGAGGAGCUAGAAGAGAAUGAUGAGACAGAAAGCACUUUAACCACUCUCUUUCCUGGUCAGAAGAAGAGGGUGUCACAUUUUAAAGUUCAAGGAAAAUCAGAGAUGUCAAUGAGCGCUUCACCAAUGCCACAGCGGAGGUUCACGGCGCAGGAGAUGUGUUACCAACGGAUGCAGAAGGCACAGCAGCAGGCGGCACAGCUGGCCGCCGCUUUCAAAAGCUCUUCUGCUUCUAACAAUCCAGUACUGGGGCUGCCUGGAGAGAAACGACGAGUGGCACACCGGCCAAAUGCCUCCCUGUCCUCCCCAAAGCCUGCUAUGAGGUCUACUGGAUUGGCUGAUGCUAGCAGUCGGGUGUUGUCGCCCACCAGGGUUUCGACCGUCAAAGCUCAAACAUCAGCUGGCAUCUUGUCUAAAACAACCUCGACCACAGUGGAGAAGAGAGUGGCUCACACCCCCACCUUAAAGAGCUCUUCAAUGAAGCGUCCUGUCAUUCCAUCUGAAUUUGGGGCCAAGGUGCCCACUAACGUCCGCCAACGUUACCUCAACAUUUUUAUAGACGAGUGUUUGAAGUUCUGUUGUUCUGAACAGGAAGCUUUUCAGACGGCUUUGGAUGAGGAGAAGGUGGUGUAUGACAGGAGCAGCAGUAAGAACAUUUACCUGAAUGUUGCUGUGAACACAUUGAAGAAGCUCCGCAACAGGAGUACACCUGUCUCUCCUGCCGCCAAGACUCCACCGUUAUCAAUGAAUAGAAAAGCUAUGUCUCAUGAAGAAGUGCUUGGUGGACGGCUCGCUGCCACAACCAGCUACACCAUCAAUCGCUCCGGCAAACAACAGGACGUUAAUCUUAAAGGUGCCAUUCUUUACCAUAAAUUAAAAAAGUACAUUAUGACUGAGGAAGAGUUACAGGAACAUGGAUACCCAGAACCACAUCCUGAGAUCUCCGGUCAUGCUGUCGUCCAUAACCUUCCGGAAAAGAAGAACAAUGAUCCGUUUUCCAAAGUUUGUUAUCGAUGUGGCGCUGAGUACAAGAUAAACGCAAACGGCAACUGUGUGCGUAAAGAGGAGUGCAGUCAUCACUGGGGAAGACUGCGAAGAAACAGAGCUCCUGGAGGUUGGGAGACGCUUUAUAACUGUUGUUCUGGGGCUGUUGGUUCUCCUGGAUGUGAAGUGGGAAAACAACACGUUCAAGAUGGCCGCAAAGAGUCUUUAGAUGGUUUUGUGAAGACGUUUAGCAAACAGUUACCUGUUGACGGAAAUGGAGGCAUCUACGCUUUGGAUUGUGAGAUGUGCUACACAAGGCAAGGCUUGGAGUUGACCCGUGUGACUGUCAUUAACUCUGACCUCAAGGUCAUAUACGACACGUUCGUCAAGCCAGUGAGCAAAGUGGUGGAUUACAACACACGGUUCUCGGGUGUGACGCAAGAUGAUCUGGAGAACACCACCAUCACAUUGAGAGAUGUUCAGGCUGUGUUACUGAGCAUGUUUAGUGCUGAGUCCAUUCUGAUUGGUCACAGUCUUGAGAGCGAUCUCUUCGCCCUUAAGCUCAUUCACAGCACGGUUGUUGACACAGCCAUCGUGUUUCCUCAUCGUCUUGGUUUGCCUUACAAACGUGCACUGCGCAACCUUAUGGCGGACCACCUUAAACGCAUCAUACAGGAUAGCGUGGGAGGGCAUGACUCCAGUGAAGAUGCCCGGGCCUGCAUGGAGCUCAUGAUAUGGAAGCUCAAAGAAGAUGCAAAGGUGAAGAGAUGACCUUUAACCCAGCUCUUUCCCGAGCUUUGACCUGGAAUGAAUUUUUGUUGACAAUACUGACAUUGAGGAAAAUGUAGUACGCUCUUCUCUAUGAGCGGCACUGGGGUCGCAUGAACUGUGGAAGAGAAUACGCUAUGGUUUGAAUGAGAGGGAUAGAGUCAACGGGGAGGAGACCUUUGGAGUUUCCUACCAAAAUAAUCUGUGCAACAAGCAAUCCUGGCUUCUAUGAUCCUAGAGAAACCUGACUGUGGUCAUCAGUGCCACAUUCUUGUAUAAAAGAUUGUUUGGGUUGGGCUUGCUGACAGUUUUGUUAAGUUAAAAAGUAUUUUAUAUUUUUGAUAAAUUUCCCCUUCAUGCCGUCAGUAUUCAAUCUGAUCAGCGACUCUUCCUCCAAAUCAUCAGUGAAUGGACUUUUGUUAUGAGGCUGGUGGUGUCCUUAUAAUGUGUGAAAAUAUGUGUGGCACUCUACACCAAUUUGUUAUCGAAUUUGAGAUUUCAAAUCCACGAUUAUACUUGAAAUCCUUUUUUGAGCACUGAUGCAAUGUCACUUCCUAUAGUAAUAACAUGGCAAUCAACACACCGCAAAACCCGUAUCUGUCUAGCUUUAAGUUAUUUAAAAAUGAUUAUUCUUUAACAUUUUCAUCAUGCCUUGUAAACCAGACUUUAUACAGUAUUAUUAUUAUUAUUAUUAUUUGUACUACAUGUAGUACUUAAUAUUUUGGGACAGUUUGUUUACACGUUUGUUAUGUAUGGAUUGUUUACAAUUUCCAUGAACCAACAGGACAAUUCAAAACAAAUAAACACAAUCUUUGUUUUGUUGAAUUCGUUUUGUUGUUCAUAGAUUGUUGUUCACUUCAGCUACACAAAACAAUGUUUUGUAAACUGGCACGAAAUGUCACAUGUUUUUUCUAGCAUUAGAAAAAAGUAAUGUUUCGCUUCCGAUAAACUGCUGCUUAUGACAAAAAAAGUUUGGUCAGAUCAAAUCAAGAUGGUUGUACAAUGUUUUGUUAUGUUAUUAUGGACUGACAUCAUUACAAUAAGCUGUAAAUACGCUGUAUCAAAACUUUUUGUAGCCCUUUAGUUUUAUUUUCUAUAAAAUCUGUAAAUAAACUC